CGGCCUUUCGGUUUACAGGUGAUUGCUUGUGCCACUAAUUUAUUCCAUCAUCCGUACGUGUCUCUCCAAAGUUCCAUACUAAUAUAUAUAUAUAUAUAUAUGCACACAUAAUAAUAAAGUGUGUGUAUAUAUAUAUAUGCACUUCGAAACGCGUUUGGUUCGCAAAUAACAGUUCGAAUUAGAAGAUAGUCGUCGUAUGGACCUUUGAUUCCUUGACUUUACUUGCUAACUUAAUCUUUGCAUACCUUAUAGUCGAAGCUAUCGUCCAAUUUCUGUAAACAUCGGGCUCUUCAGAUUUAGGGAUCGUAAAAUCAUGGCAACUGCAACAAUGGCCACUGCCGCCGGUGCAGCUGCUCUUCUCUACUAUACAUUAAACCGGAAAUUACAAUCGUCUACAACUGGAGAAGAUGAUGAGAAUGGUGUUGAUGUGCACAAUCAUGCUCCUUUAGGAAUUGAUAGAGUUUCGCAUAGACUUAUUCAAGCCCCUGCAACAUGGUUAGAUACGAUUUCAACUUUGUCAGAGACUCUUAGGUUUACUUACUCCGAGACUCUUGGAAAGUGGCCCAUUGGGGAUUUGGCAUUUGGCAUCAAUUUUCUUUUGAAGAGGCAGGGGAACUUACAGGUUGAUAGUGUCUUUGGUGGUAAAGAUAGUUUACAGCUUAAAGGAACUGAAAUAGUUGCUGAGCUUAGAUAUCUCUUAAACUUGUUGACCCUUUGUUGGCAUUUUUCGAAAAAGCCAUUCCUAUUAUUUUUGAAGGAGACCGGUUAUUCUGAAGAAAAUGUUCUUCUUCAGGAACCCAAAGCUGGAAUUUUGAAGCCGGCUUUUACAGUCCUAGUUGACCACAAAACAAGAUCUUUUCUCCUACUAAUACGUGGAACUCAUAGUAUCAAGGAUACAUUGACAGCUGCAACUGGAGCAGUAGUACCGUUUCAUCACGCUGUUGUAUAUGAGGGAGGAGUCAGUAAUUGUGUUUUAGGAUAUGCACAUUGUGGAAUGGUUGCAGCUGCUCGAUGGAUUGCAAAGCUCGCCACUCCUUGUAUUGUUAAAGCACUUAGCGAAAAUCCUGAUUACAAACUUAAGAUUGUAGGACACUCUCUGGGUGGAGGAACUGCAGCCCUUUUAACAUAUAUAUUACGUGAGCAGAAAGAAUUGUCAACAGCUACGUGUUUUACAUUCGCUCCAGGUGCUUGUAUGACAUGGGAAUUGGCAGAAUCAGGCAAUGAAUUCGUUACUUCUGUUAUAAAUGGAGCUGAUUUAGUCCCUACAUUCUCAGCUGCUUCAGUGGACGACUUGCGUGCUGAGGUGACAGCAUCUGCUUGGCUAAAUGAUCUGAGGAAUCAGAUUGAGCGUACCAGAAUUCUCAGCACAGUCUAUCGUUCUGCAUCGGCUCUUGGUUCUCGUCUUCCAUCCAUUGCCAGUGCUAGAGCAAAAGUUGCUGGGGCUGGUGCAAUAUUACGACCAGUUUCCAAUGGUACACAGGUUGUGAUGAGGAGAGCCCAGAGUAUGGCUCAGGCAGCAUGGUCACGUCCUUCCCUCCGCUUAUCAUCAUGGUCGUGCAUGGGCCCCCGUCAUCGAGCCACCGCCGCUCGUACAAACUUGAAUGGUGGGGAAAACUCUGCAGAAUCAUUCUCCACCAAGACAGAAACGUCGGAGCCCCUUCUCACAUCUCCCCGAAAGACCACAAGUACCUUCGAGACUGCCGAACUUCCCAUGUCUUCAUCUGAAGGGAUUGUAUGGAAUUCAGAAAUUGAAUGCUCUUGUUCUGAUGAAAUGGCUCUCCACGGUGAUGUAGUUGCUGAUCUCGCAGUUGAUGAGGACCCCAUUGAGCACAAUAGACACGAAGACCGCAUGACUGAAGCUGAGUUGUGGCAACAACUUGAGCAUGAGCUAUAUGAUCAGAUGGAAGGUGAGGAUGCUGAUGUGGCAAACGAAAUAAGGGAAGAAGAAGCAGCAGCCAUUGCAGAGGUAGGUGAGAGCCAGUCAGGGAGUUCUUUGCCUGAAAUGAAGGAGGUACAUAGAUUUUACCCUCCUGGAAAAAUUAUGCAUAUUAUUACCUCCGUCUCCGAUGAGGUGGUGUGCGAAAGUGAUGAAACUACCUCUGAUAACGCCGACAGAGACCAGGUGGCAGAGACUAAGAUAGGGAUUUUUCUCACCCAUAGAUCACUGUAUAGUAAACUGAGGUUGUCACAGACCAUGGUCAGUGAUCACUUCAUGCCAGUAUAUAGAAGACAGAUUGAAAAGCUAAUCAAAGAACUCGAGAAGGAAGAAGCUUAUGACAAUGAUCAUUGUAGUCAAAAAGCGGAAGAUGUCAUUUCGUAGGGAAAUGGUUUGUUGAACCAAUAGUUUUUGAGGUACAAGUAUACUGAAAGGGGCUCUUGAUUCCAACACUGGAAAAGUAGUCUUCAACUGCCUCUUCUGCAUUGGUGAAGCAUGGUGGUAGAACCCAUGACUAAUGCUUCAACUGAGUCCCUUCGGGAGAAUUCCUCAGUGAAAAUGUUGGGAAGGUUUUUUCGACGUCCAUACGGCCUCUUUUAACAAUUCUGAUUUAUUGUAUAUAUUGUCUGGGUUGAGAUCUUAAUUCUUUUGUUCUUAAAUGAUAUCAGUCAUCAAAUGUUUGCUUUGUUCAAUGAAAUCUGUUGGUAGAGUUCAGUUCAA